CUAAAGUAUAUAUUUAUAAAUUUUUACUUUUCCAAAAGUAUGUUGUGGAUUUUCGAUAAAAGGCCCAAGCUAUACCCUAAAAUGAUGAAGUUUAUAUACGGCGUUGUUUUUAUUCUGUUUUCAACAGUUGCUCUCUCCAUGUAUUACAGCCCAGAGAGCAUAGGCGAUGGCAGCACAGAAGAUAUGAACUUUAGUGAUAUGCGGAAUGCAGAGGAAACAGAAUUAAAUACAUCGCAAGAAUGCACUGCGGCAGAUGCAGAGAGAACUUUACUGGCAGACAGGCCGACGUGUUUGCAUGAACCUGCAUUUUUAAUAAAGAAUCCACAGAGCCCAGUAGAUAAAAAUAAAGUAGAUAAAAAUAAAGUAGAUAAAAAUAAAAUUGCAGAUAAUUCAAAAAGACAGGCUGCAGAUAUUAAGCACACAGAACACAGUACAGACGAAUUAAAAAGAUCCAAAUCAACAGGCAAUUUGCAGGAGAGAGCAGAUGUGGCGCCACACAACGAAUCAGAAGCAGCCAUUCAAGAAACAGCACAGGCAGAGAAUACUGAGGAAAUAAAAGAAAAUAUAAAAACACCCCUAAGUAAUUCAGACCAGGUGCCAGGCCCGGCCUGCCCAGGUGCUCUAAAUGAAGAGAGGGAGAAGACUGCUGCAUGCCAUAGCAAAGAAGAAGAUGCCCAGAACAGAAGUGCAGAGGAAGGCACAGGUGCCCAGCCAAGCGCCGGGUCUGCGGCCAGACCGCAUUUUUACAUAGGAACAGAAGAGACAGAUUUCGGGCUAUAUGCACAAGAGAACCAAACAAACCCGUCUUCAGAGCAAGGUGCAGAGGAAAGGCCAGAUAGUCGGCCUGCGUCUAUUGUGCCUUCAUACUUAAAGAGCACAGAUGAAAUGGCCAUUAUAAAAUGUCUUCCCUAUCUAAAGAAAUUCGAGGGAUAAUUGCUAGUAUUUAUUUGAUGUAAAAAGCCAGA